UGACAGAUCUUGUAAUCACUUGUAAAUUGACGAAAAUCGAUCGCAGUAUCUUGUUAAAUUCCUACAUUUUGAAAUAAACGAAACCUAAUAAAUUAACAGUAAUCAGUAAAAUUGUGGUAGCAAAAUACGCUGAAUUUUAAUUCAGAGAAGAGAUGCAAUUCGGUGAAAUGUCGGGUGAAAAGAAACCGUGCCGAACGUGCACGGAUUUCAAAACAUGGGCGAAACACCAACAAAAUGUGUACAAAGCAAAAACUAAAGAAGAUAAUAGUCAAACGAAUCCGGAUAAACCAUUGAGUGAAACAGGCCGAUUUAAACACGGGUGCCCGUUGGAUAAAGACGAUUUGGGCCAGUCAACAUGGAAUUUGUUGCAUACGAUGGCAGCUGUUUACCCCGAUAAGCCAACGCAGCAGCAAAAGGAGAAUGUGACAAACUUUUUUGGAAUUUUAUCACAAACAUAUCCGUGCGAUGUUUGUGCUAAAGAUUUGGCCCAAGAACUAAAGGUCGAACCAAUUGUUGCCACAUCGAAUAAUGACUUUUCGCAAUGGUUAUGCCGGUUACAUAACAAAGUCAAUGUAAAACUAGGAAAACCCGAAUUUGAUUGUUCCAAAGUGAAUGAAAGAUGGCGAGAUGGCUGGCUGGAUGGUUCUUGUGAUUAAAGUCCACUUAAAAUGUCCAGUAUAUGAAUGUCAAUCUUCUUUUUGUUUAUUGUUAAUAGAGAAAAUAAAUGUUGUUAAAAUUACAAAUCGAAA